AUGGCGCAGGUAUUCGGUCGAGCCGAGAUGUUUAUUCUUUCGAUCUUUGCCUCUGUCCUGGGAUAUGUGAUCUAUGCGGCUUGUCAGGAUAUUCCGCAGUAUAUUGCAGCAGGAAUAUUUGAGGCCAUCGGUUCGACGGGCUACGCCCUCACGCAACAGGUUUUCGUGGCCGACGUGACGAACCUGAUUAACCGUGGUAUCUGGUCGACACUGCCAGAUUCACUAACAACGGUUCCCACAUUAUACCUUGGCACCAUCGUGGCCCAGCGCAUUUUGGAUCACUCAACUUGGCGCUGGGGCUGGGGAAUCAACGCCUGGCAUAAAGGAUCCUUCAUUGCCAUGGUUGUACUUGGCGUUGUUCUUCUCAUUGCCUUUCUUGUAUGGGACGCAUGGUUUGCCAAAAAGCCCUUCGUCCCGUACCGAAUGAUCAAUAAUCGUACCGUGGCAGCUGCAUGUGUUCUUGGUGCAUUGGAUUUCUUCCAUUACUCUGUGUUCUCGGUUUUCUUUACCAGCUACCUGCAGGUAGCAGGACAUUUCAGUGCUGGUCAUGCAACCAGAAUCGACAACUCUCUGCGAGUCGCCUUCCAAGUCUCCGGUAUAUUCGUGGCGUUCUUCAUGAAAUAUACCAAACGCUCACAGAUAUGGGUCUUUACCGGUGUCCCGCUCUGCGUACUUGGUAUGGGCGUCCUGCUAUACCUUGUCGACAUGGGAAACGGAAGAACAGGCAAUGAGGCAGCGUUUGUGACGGCAAAAGCACUGAUCGGUAUCGGCCGAGGAUUCUACCAGACUGCUUCACAGGUCUCUGUGCAAGCGGUCGUAACUCGGCAGGAGGUGUCUGUCGUUACAGCCGUGUUUUUUGCUUCGAUGAGUGUAGGCGGAGCUGUUGGAACUAGCGUGGCCGGUGCAAUAUGGCGCAGUACUCUUCCGUCGAAACUUCAAGAGUAUCUACCCGACGAUGCCAAGUCGCAAGCAAAAGCUAUUUUCGGGUCCAUUAAGGUCGCCCAGAAGUACGCAAUUGGGAGCCCCAUUCGAAAAGCUGUCGACCGCAGCUACCGUGAAUCGCAGAGGUUGCUGGGCAUUGCUGGACUGGCUGCUUUAGUGCCGAUGUUGAUUGUGAUGUUCUUUUUGAGGAAUGUGAAACUGGAUGAGAGGUUGGGGGCCAAGGAGGGGGAGGAUGAGGGUCAGACGCAAGGGGGGGAAAGGGACGGAUUAUGA